AAAUGAGGUGUAUCCGCACGCCAAGUCAGACACUGCAGCUUGCACAAAGGAACCACCUAUUGAAGAAGAAAAAGCCUCAAGGGAAAGAUAAGUGUAAAAGUCGGUAAGCAUAGCGUGUCCAAGAGUGUCAUUUUCGUAAAUGAACUCACAAAUCAAUACAAAAGUCUUGAUUAAAAAAAAAAAAAGUUGGAGCCAGUGCAUCUUUCUGUUGUAAGUAUUAUAUAGACACACACAUCCAAUGAGAUUGAAUCACACUGUGCAAUAAGUUUGGUAUUUCACAUCAUCUCGAACGAACGGGGGACCUCUCUUCUUUCGGAUUCGCCAAGCUGUUGUUUGUGAUUGUUUCAGUUCAUUAUUAAACUCUCGCUCUAUAAAUACACUUCCAAACCUCUUUCGAGAUCUGAAAAACACUCCCAUGGACCGUCGUAAAGAGAGAUUGUUGUAUUUCUUCAAUCGGUUAAAACGGAGACACGGAAAAAUGCUCCAUGGUUAUCGGUGCCGCAAUUUGGGGACUGGGAUCAGAAGGGCCAAGUGCCGGACUACUCACUUGAUUUCUCAAAGAUCCGGGAAACUAGGAAGCAGAACAAGACAAAUAUUUCCAGGGCAAGCCUUGGCAAUGAAGAAGAAUUCAUGGAUUCAACAACCUCCAGCAGCGUCAACACUGCCCACAGCAGUGAGCACCCUCAACCCCACUACCAUCAAACCCACUCUCCAACUGCAAGGAAGAGCUUCCUCAGCUACUUCAAUUGUUGUGUGAAAGCCUAAUAUUCAAGGGCAAGUGCAAUCUUUCUCUUGUUUUCUGAAGAUUCUGGAUAGGAACAGCUUGCUUGUCUGUUCGUUUGGUGAUAAAUACUUAUUAGCUAUUGAUCUUAAUUUAAAAACAAACCUUUUGUUUUCAGUCCUAAUCUACCUUUGGCGAUGAUUCUCUCUGUUA